AUGUCCUCCUCAACCAACCGACUCCCCAGCGCACCAGAAAAAUCCUAUUUCGAACAGCAGCGCGAGAUUUUACUUGGGGAAAUAGCUGUUAGUUUCGAACACGUCCUCUCGAGUAUAAAUAAACUAAAUCGUUCAUUAGAGGGUGUUAUUGCCGUCGGAAACGAAUUCUCUUCCGUCGAAGCCCUCUGGUCCCAAUUCGAAAACGUAAUGGCCAAGAAUCCCGAUCCCUCUACCUCACCCGAAAAUUCAAAUUCAAAUCCAAAUGUAAAUGCAAAUGCAUCCGAAGAAGAAAUAUUUAAAUCCAGGAGGAAAGAAAACAGAGAACUAGAAAAAGGAGAGGAAACGAUUAUGGCCGAGGAGUAA